UUAAAAGACGAGAACUGGAAUGAUCCGAUGCUUGUAGCCGAAUAUGCAGAGGAUAUCUUUAAGAUUCUUCGGGAAAGCGAGGUAGAUACAAUGGCAGAUCCGACAUAUGUUAGCUCUCAACAACACGAAGUUACCUGGCGUAUGCGAGGUGUACUUAUUGACUGGGUAGUCGAGAUACAUCACCUAUUCGAACUCCUUCCAGAGACCCUCUUCCUUACAGUCAAUUUAAUCGAUCGAUUUCUCUCUAGACGUGCUGUAGUGUUGAGUAAACUGCAACUGGUCGGAAUAACUUCACUCUACAUCGCAACAAAGUUCGAAGAAGUUACUGCCCCAGUGAUGGAAGACUUUCUCUUCAUGACAGAUCAAUCUAUCCAAGUAGAAGAUCUUUUGAAAGCCGAGAGAUUCAUUCUACAGGUCCUUGAUUUCAAACUCUGUUAUUCUAACCCCCUUAGUUUUAUGCGCCGUACCUCUAUGGGUGACAGCUAUGAUGUUCAUACUCGCAUGUUGGCAAAAUAUUUUAUGGAGAUUACAUGCGUAGACCACCGAUUCCUCAACACAAAGCCAUCUUUGAUUGCCGCAGCCGCGCUUUGGCUAUCACAAAAGAUGCUUUCUAAAGGCAUUUGGACGCCAGAAAUGUCACGGUUGGCUGGCUACCAAGUUCCUGAAAUUAAGCCAACAGUCGAGUUGAUGCUCGACUUCCUUUCUCAUAAUUCAAAAUACGAAGGUCUCUUUAGAAAGUGGUCUUCGAAACGACUGAUGAAAGCCAGCAUAUUCGCACGCGAUUGGAUCAAGUGUUAC